CUAAAAAGUUGAAAAAAAAAACGAAGAAUAACGAUAAAAAACAUUCCUACCCUACCCAAACUGAUUUAACUUCCGAAAAUAAUGUUUAUUGUGGCAGUAACUGGUGGCAUAGCCACGGGAAAAAGCACCAUCAGCAAGGUGUUCGAACGCCAGGGCAUUCCAGUCAUCGACGCCGACAAAAUCGCCAGGGAGAUUGUGGAACCAGGUCAGCCGUGCUGGCGGCAGAUUCGGGAGGUCUUCGGGGACGCAGUCCUGCUGCCCAGCAAGGAGAUUAACCGCGCCGUGCUUGGCAAGAUGAUCUUCGAGGACAAGGAGCUGCGCGGAAAGCUGAACAAGAUCACCCAUCCGACCAUACACCGCAAGAUCUUCUGGCAGGUGUGCAAGCUGCUGGUCACGGGUCAUGCGUGGAUCGUCCUUGACCUGCCGCUGCUCUUUGAGACGGGUGUCCUGAUGGACUUUAUACACAAGAUCGUUUGUGUGUCGUGCGACUCUGACAAGCAGCUGGAGCGAUUAAUAGCCCGCAAUGAGCUCUCCGAGUCCGAGGCGCGGCAUCGCGUCGACUCGCAAAUGCCGCUGGACAAGAAGUGCGAGAAGUCUCACUUCGUCAUCGACAAUAACGGCAGCGUGGAGGAGGCGGAAAACUCGGCCAUGGGCAUUUACAACAUGAUGCGCGACUCCAAGCAGCACUGGCUCAACCGCAUCAGCUUCCUGGGCCUGUUCCUAAUCGUGGGCUUCACAAUAUACAUGCUGCUGAAGAUGUUCAACCGGUUGCCAGAGUCCUGGCAGAUGUAGUCCGUUUGAACGUGUGCCAUUUGACGCUACCUUAUGUGUUAAUGCAAUUGAAACCAAACCAAUUAUACAAUUUAAACGCUUGUUAGUGAAAUAUACAAAAGUCACUUAUA